AUGGAUUCGACAGAAUGGGAGUUACCAUUCCUGCAAGAGGUAUACACUCCUCGAGAAGCUCACAAAAUAGACUUCGUUUUCGUCCACGGUCUGAAUCCACGCGGUCGGAAUGAUCAUCCGUUUCAGACUUGGACUCAUGCAAAUGGCAAGUUCUGGCCAAGAGACUUUCUCGCGGAGGAUAUUCCCUAUGCGCGCAUCUUUGUCUAUGGGUAUAAUUCAAGCGUCACCAAUCCGCAGAGCAUGUCGACGGCGAGCAUCAAGGACCAUGCCAAUACAUUGCUCAACCUAUUAGACAUGGAGCGAGUUCCACAGUCGCAAUCAAUGCCCCCGAAGAUUAUCUUCAUCGGCCAUAGCUUGGGGGGUCUAGUGAUUAAACAGGCAUUACUUAAUGCAAAAGAAGACCCCAAGUACGGCUCGAUCCGAACCGCAACUUCUGGCCUGGUCUUUUUCGGUACGCCUCAUCGGGGAGCCAAAGCAGUUGAGCUGGGUAAGAUCGCAGCACGAGUGGCCCGUUUUGUCUCUACGGGUCAUGCAAGCAACGAUCUGCUGAAUUGCUUGGAGCAUAACUCCUUGUUUACGCGGCAGAUGAGCGAUCGCUUUCGGCAUCAACUCGAAGACUAUCGAGUUGUCAGCUUCAUUGAAGGAAAAGAAGUGCUGCUCGCAGGGGCGGGUCCAGCUUCUGUCAGUCAUCUGGUAGUGGAGGAAGAAUCGGCGGUGCUGGGUCUAUCAGGUCUUCGGGAAACGCAGCUCAAACUCGAUGCCGAUCACUCCCAGAUGUGCAAAGUGGGAUCCCGUGGCCCAAUGUACCGACUUAUCAAGGGCAACAUCAAACAACUUGUUGACCAAGCUCUGUUGUCCGAGCAAGGCUUCAUUCCGCAGCCCUCGCCAGUCCCACAGGCGGGCAAUGGUGGCCCUCCACCUCUCCCACCGCGGUUGCACUCCAACAGCAGCGCGCCAUAUUCUCCACCUUCUGGGCGGGCAAUCGAGUCUGGACCAAAAGUGGUUGGAGCGCUGUUUGCGCCCCUGGACAAGGACCCGCGAUCGAUCAGGUCUGCCGAGCUAAAAAAUGGCGGCAAAUGGGACGACGCCCGAACUCUGGACUACGAGAUCUUUCAAGAACAUCUGCAGUUGCUUGGUGCCGACCACGCCAGCACCCUGACGGCAGCAUAUCAGCUGGCGGAGAUUGAGCUUCAAGCAAAUUACUUUGAAAAGGCCAGUGAAUGGUGCCAGUGGGUGACGGACAAUUCACGUCGCGUGUUUGGGAAUCAGCACCCGCUACCCAUCCGCGCCGAGAGUCUAAUGAGCGAGAUCGUGUGCCAUCGCGGUCAGUAUCAGGAAGCCGAGUCAGUUGCCGCCAACGCGCUUGCGCGUCAACAGAUGAGCAUUGGUGAAGACCAUCUGGACACAUUGGAGACGCGACGGCGUUUGGCUCUGGCGUAUAACCUCCUGGGUCGCAAGGAUAGCGCCGUCCAAGCUGCCAAGAAGCUGACUGACUCCCUGCGGCGAUUGCUGGGCGAGAAGCACAUCAGGGUGAUCUCCGCCGUGCUCGAUACCUUGGAAUACACGACUUGGAUCCAGGGACAGGAGACAAUUGUGUCGCAUCUUAUAUUAUCUCAGGAACUAAAGGAGGCAUUUGAGCUAUUAGCUCGCAUUUAUGAGGAGUUGCGGGCGGAAUUGGGUGAUCGACAUCCGGUGACGAUUCGAGCCAUGUCAUUGCAUGCCCGCGCGCAGGCGCGUGCUCAGCAAACCUUGGAGGCGUCAGAGACCUAUCGUCGAGCACUGGCUCUUUGCGAAGACACCUGGGGGGCAGAGCAUCCGUUGACAAUGGAGAUUGUGGGCAGUAUGGGCGUCAUGUACGCCCUGCAAGGGAUGAAGCCUUCGUACCUGGGUGGAAGUUCCCCAUCCGAGGCUAUUCCCUGGAUGGUGCGGUACCUCAAUUGGGUCGAGCAACGUCGGGGCCUGGAGAAUCCCGAGACACGAGGCGCCCUCGAAAUCCUCGGGAAUCUGUAUAUGGCUGCACAGGAUUACGGGAAAGCCGAAACGUACUACGAACGCGCGACCGCGGCGUGCCGAGGCGCAUCUGCAGACCCUGUCAUGCAGCAAAGGAUUUCUAAUAAUCUCCAAAUUUGUCAGAUACACAAUGGGUUUUUGCGUCCACGGAGUUUUGGAACGGGCCUUGGGUCGGUUCUUUCUCAUCUCAAGAAAUACUGA